AUGUCGUCCAAUGCAGGACAGAAUCAGGCUCCCUCCAAAGCGGUAAACAUCUCGAAUACCUCGGCCACGUCUACAUUCCACUCGACACCUCCAAUCGACAGUGGCCCACAAAAACGCACUGGGGGCUCUGGAAGCUUCGGCUCUGGCUCAUCUUCGAGGAACUCACCCACGGCGAGAAAUAGCCAGGGUCGAAAGAAUCAACACAAAAACCAGAGGAAACCCCGGCUACUAAAUGAUGACGAAUACAACGAAUCGGUUGGUGCUCCAGCAUCUGCGCGUAAAAGACGAUCGUCUGCUGACCCUUUGAUCUCUCCUGCUCAGGCCGUCAUGAGAUCAACAAAUAGUCGCAAAGGACAGACGUCCAUUACACAUUUGAUGAACUUUUCCCUCCCACCUCGCCCACAGUAUCAACCACCACCACGCAACACGCGCCGCUAUCAGUCAUGGGGAGCGGGAUCCGGAUAUCAUGCAGUGGACAAGGCACGCUAUGUGCACGCCAACUAUCGAUUCAUUGUGUCGCCCGAUCGCAAUUAUCAUGCACAAGCAGCCAACGCCGAUGUUCACUUGGACUGGGAUUCAGUUCUCCAAGUACUUGUAUCGGCUCAGACCCAAGCAGCUAGCUGUCCGAUUUGUCUAUCUACGCCUGUCGCUCCUAGAAUGGCCCGUUGCGGUCAUAUCUUUUGUCUACCUUGUCUCAUUCGCUAUAUGCAUGCAUCAUCUGAUGAUGAUACCCCACUCCCCGAGAAAAAGGCUCGAUGGAAGAAGUGCCCAAUUUGCUGGGACUCGAUAUAUACAUCAGAAACUCGCCCGGUUCGAUGGUUCCGUGGCCAGGAAGGUGACCUCCCCGUAGAGGGUGGGGAUGUCGUGCUGAGAUUGGUCAAGCGGGAACCCGGUAGUACGCUCGCUUUGCCUCGCGACGGUGCUGAGACUCUCGGUGCUGGACAGGAUAUUCCAUGGUAUCAUGUUGCAGAAGUAGCGGACUACGCUCGCAUCAUGAAGGGCGGAGAGGCCUAUAUGAUUUCCCAAUAUGAGACUGAAAUCGAGGACUUGCGCCAGCAAGCCGUCGAGGAUGAGCUACUUUUCGGCGAUGAGAACACCUGGACUCGCAAGGCGAUUGGAGCUAUCAACGCUUCGAAAGAGAAGCUCAAAGGCAUUGGUAAUCCGCCUGACGUUUCAUGGCAACCCAAGGCUGCUAAAGAGCCACCUGUGGAAGUUGUUGGCCCCGCAGUCAACGCGAAAGAGCCUACGAUGCCAGUCGCAAGUGACUCUUCGGCCGAAUCUGUGCCUGAGUCAAACACGGAUGCACUACAACACGUGACGGAAUCUUCCUCAACACCCGCCAUGUCAGACGAAGCGGAGCAUCUCUCAGAGGCCUUGCAAAACAUCAACAUAUCCUCUGAGCUAAACACCAAACCCAAAACUAGGGGCAGGGGCAAAGAGCCACAGGUCUCGCAGCCAUCUGACCAACCUUACUUCUUCUACCAGGCUCUACCCCAAUUCUACCUGUCGUCUCUAGAUAUCCGGAUUCUCAAGGCGGCAUUCAACGAAUACGCUGAUUUCCCAGCGACUAUUUUGCCGCGCGUGGAGCACAUUUCCACCGGUCACAUCGUUGAUGAUGAUCUUCGCAAGCGAGUGAAAUAUCUGGGCCACUUGCCUUACGGUUGUGAGGUCAACUUUCUUGAAUGCGAUUGGAGGGACGUGGUCGUGCCAGAAGUUCUAAACCGUUUUCGUUCUGAGACUGAUCGGAGGCGCAAGCGCAAUCGUGAGAAAGAGGCGCGUGAAGAGAAGGACCGCAUUCGUGCCGAAAAGGAAGAAGACGAUAAAAGAUGGGCCGCUGCACGGCGCAAGCGGCCCAGCAUCGGCAGUGCUAGUGAAGCACCAUUCUCUGCACGAGAUUUCCAACCAUUGGCUAGUGGCCUCGACCCUGCCCUGUUUGAUACCGGUGCUUCUUCUGCUUCUCCUCCCCGUGCAUCCUCUCAAUUUGGAGCAUUGGCUUCGCCAUCCAACAGCCCCCCGGGCUCACGUACAGUCUGGGGGACCACAAUUGUGGGAUCACUUUCCCCCACUUGA